AUGAAAUUUGGGGAUUUCAUUUUCUCUCUCCUCCACCACCACCGACGUCGCUUUUUCCCACAACUCUCAUUCUCUCUCUUCUUCUCAUCAAAGGUUGAAUUAAAUUCAAAACAAUAUUCUUUAUUAAAAAACCCCAUUAUUAACCCAGAUGAUUUGCUAUCCCAAUUUCAUUCACUAACAAAAACCCUAGCCCAAAAUUCCAGAAACUUCAGAGUUCUUUCUCAAUUAGAUUCUCUACUUUCCCAAACCGAAUUAUUUGAUUCUGUUACCUCUAUUGCAAUAUUUGAGGGUCUCUGCAAAUUGAAGAAACUCAAUAGGGCUAAAAAUGUGUUCUUGCAUUUGAAGGAUAAUUUGAAGGUAUACCCUUAUUUUGCAUUUAGUUUAGUUUUUGAUUGUUUGGUUAAAGAUGGAAAUUUGGAUGAUGUUGAGGUUCAAUGGAAUGAUAUUAGUAAUGGGUAUGAAAUUAAUUUGUCUGAUUAUGUGAUUUAUGUGUGUAAAUGUGGUGAUUUUGAUGAAAUUAAGAAGGUUUAUGAGAGAGUUUUGAUGGGUAGUAGAGUUUUGGGGAGGCAGAGUUAUGUAGCUUUGAUUGGGGUAUUGUGUAGAUAUGAUGAGGGUUUAAUGGCAAAAUCAGUGGUUCAUGAAAUGUAUUAUAGGGGUUUUAGGGUUGAUGAUGUUACUUACAUUGUAGUGUUUCAAUGUUUUUGUAGAAAUGGGGAUUUAGAUGGAGCUGAUUGGGUACUUAGGAAAUUGAUUAAUGGUGGUUUUGAUGUUGAUGUGUGUAUCUAUGGAAGCUUCAUGUAUGGAUUAUGUGAAGUAGGGAAGUUCCGGGAGGCGAGUAAGUUGUUUGAUAAGUUGAUUAAGAGGGAUUGUUUUAGUGGUUCUAAAGCAGGGUUAUUGAAGGAAGGGAGGAGGGCGAUUUUUCAGCUGAGUUAUAAGGGUGUUAUUCCAGAAAUGAUGGUAUAUGAGAUGUAUGUUCGAUCUUUAUGUGCUGUCGGGAAGCUCGAUGAUGCUGAGUUAUUGUUGAAAAAGAUUAUGAAAAAGAGUUCCAUGGCACAGAUUUGUGUAUAUGGAUCAUUUAUCAAGGCAUUGUUUAGGGUUGGUAGGGAGGAAGAUGCCUUGAAGUUUUUCAAUGUUGAGUGCAAGAAAGGAUUCGUGUGCUCCGAUGAGCUUGCAAGAUUCGUCAUUGUGCAACUGUGCGAGAAGGGAGGAGUUGAUGAUGCUAUGAAGAUUUUCGAUGAGUUUACAGGAAAAAGCACGUUUAUUAGCACUGUUGCUCUUUGUAAUUGUUUGUUGGGUAGUCUUUGGGAUGCUGGGAGGACAAUGGAAGCCGAGAGGUAUUUCGAGGGGAUGAACAAGGGAGAAUUGUCACCUCCAAAUAUAGCAACAUACAGGCUUAUGGUUUGCGGAUUUUGCAACCAGGGAAGUCUAGGAAAAGCAAUUGAUAUAUUUGAAGAAAUGCUGUCAAAAAAUAUACCUACAGAUAAGAUCAUAUAUGAAGAAGUUAUUGCUUUACUAUGCAAACAAGGGUGCCCUGCAGAAGCAUAUGAAUAUCUUGACAGCAUGACCAGAAAUGGCUCUACUAUUUCAUAUACAGUUUGGAAAAGAGUGUUUAGAGCGUUGAUGGGUGAUGAGAGAAGUAUUACCAAAUCACAUUAG